AUGGACGCCCUGGAGCAGCAGCCCGACCCCGACGGCGGGGACGCCCCAGGCCACGAGCCCGGGGGCAGCCCCCAGGACGAGCUGGACUUCUCCAUCCUCUUCGACUAUGACUAUUUGAAUCCCAUCGAAGAAGAACCGAGUGCACAUAAGGCCGUCGGCCCACCCUCCGGACUCCCGUACCCCGAUGAAGUCCUGGACUUUGGCCUCAAGCCAUACAACCCCUUCGCCAGUCUCUCUGGCGAGCCCCCAGGCCGAUUCGGAGAGCCGGAUAGGGUGGGGCCCCAGAACUUUCUGAGCCCGGUCAAGCCAGCGGGGGCCUCGGGCCUGAGCCCUCGGAUCGAGAUCACUCCGUCCCACGAACUGAUGCAGGCAGGGGGGCCCCUCCCCGUGAGAGACUCUGGCCUGCUGGUCGAGCAGCUGCCCGGGCCGGGCACCACCGCCAGCCCGAGGUUCACGCUGCCCGUGCCCGGCUUUGAGGGCUACCGCGAGCCGCUUUGCUUGAGCCCCGCUAGCAGCGGCUCCUCUGCCAGCUUCAUUUCCGACACCUUCUCCCCCUGCACCUCGCCCUGCGUCUCGCCCAAUAACGGCGGGCCCGACGACCUGUGUCCCCAGUUUCAAAACAUCCCUGCUAAUUAUUAUUCCCCCAGAACGUCGCCAAUAAUGUCACCUCGAGCCGGCCUCGCCGAGGACAGCUGUGUGGGCCGCCACUCGCCCGUGCCCCGUCCGGCCUCCCGCUCCUCGUCGCCCGGCGCCAAGCGGAGGCAUUCGUGUGCAGAAGCCUUAGUGAGUCCGCUGCCCGGAGCCUCGCCCCAGCGCUCCCGGAGCCCCUCGCCGCAGCCCCUGCCCCACGCGGCCCCCCAGGACGACGGCGCGCACGCCGGGUACCCACCCACGGCUGGCUCCGCCAUCCUCAUGGACGCCCUGAACAGCCUCGCGGCGGACUCCCCGUGCGGGAUCCCGCCCAAGGUGUGGAAGACCAGCCCCGACCCGUCGCCCGUGCCUGGGGCUCCGGCCAAGGCCGGCCUGGCCCGCCACGUCUACCCGGCCGUGGAGUUCCUGGGGCCCUGCGCGCAGGAGGAGCGGAGGAGCUCGGGGCCCGAGUCCAUCCUGUUCGUGCCCCCGACCUGGCCCAAGCAGCUGGUACCCGCCAUUCCCAUCUGCAGCAUCCCCGUGACGGCGUCUCUCCCUCCACUUGAGUGGCCAUUGUCUAGCCAGUCGGGCUCCUAUGAGCUGCGCAUCGAAGUCCAGCCCAAGCCACAUCACCGGGCGCACUAUGAGACCGAAGGCAGCCGGGGCGCCGUCAAGGCUCCAACGGGCGGUCACCCUGUGGUCCAGCUCCAUGGCUACAUGGAAAACAAGCCCCUGGGGCUCCAGAUCUUCAUUGGGACGGCUGAUGAACGAAUCCUCAAGCCCCAUGCCUUCUAUCAAGUGCACCGGAUCACGGGGAAGACCGUCACCACCACUAGCUACGAGAAGACUGUGGGCAGCACCAAAGUCCUGGAGAUUCCUCUGGAGCCAAAAAACAGCAUGAGGGCCACCAUCGACUGCGCGGGGAUCCUGAAGCUGCGGAACGCCGACAUCGAGCUGCGGAAAGGCGAGACGGACAUCGGGCGGAAGAACACGCGCGUGCGCCUCGUGUUCCGCGUGCACAUCCCAGAGGCCAGCGGCCGCAUCGUCUCCCUGCAAAGCGCCUCCAACCCCAUCGAGUGCUCCCAGCGGUCUGCCCAUGAGCUACCCAUGGUUGAACGACAGGACAUCGACAGCUGCCUGGUGUACGGGGGCCAGCAGAUGAUCCUCACGGGGCAGAACUUCACAGCCGAGUCCAAGGUUGUGUUUACUGAGAAGACCACAGAUGGGCAGCAGAUUUGGGAGAUGGAAGCCACAGUGGACAAAGACAAGAGCCAGCCUAACAUGCUCUUUGUUGAGAUUCCCGAGUACCGGAAUAAGCACGCCCGCGCCUCUGUGAAGGUGAAUUUCUACGUCAUCAACGGGAAGAGGAAACGAAGCCAGCCGCAGCACUUUACCUACCACCCAGUUCCGGCCAUCAAGACGGAGCCCUCGGAUGAGUAUGACCCCACCUUGCUCUGCAGCCCCGCCCACGGCGGCCUGGGAAGUCAGCCUUACUACCCACAGCACCCGAUGGCCGCGGGGUCACCCUCCUGCCUUGUGGCCACCCUGGCUCCCUGCCAGCAGUUCCGUUCGGGGCUCUCGUCCCCCGACGCCUGCUACCAGCAGCAGAAUCCAGCGGCUGUCCUGUACCAGCGCAGCAAGAGCCUGAGCCCCAGCCUGCUGGGCUACCAGCAGCCGGCUCUCAUGACCGCCCCUCUGUCCAUCGCGGACGCCCACCGCUCCGUGCUGGUGCACACGGGCUCCCAGGGCCAGGGCGAAGCCCUGCUGCACCCCACCCCGGCCGCUCAGCAGGCCUCGCCCGUGAUCCACUACUCACCCACCAAUCAGCACCUGCGCUGCGGCAGCCACCAGGAGUUCCAGCGCAUCAUGUGCUGUGAGAAUUUCCCAUCAGGCCCUGUCAGGCCCAGCCAAUCCCCGGCCAGCCAAGGGCAGAGGCUGAGCCCCGGUUCCUACCCCACGGUCAUUCAGCAGCAGAAUGCCAGCAGUCAAAGAGCCGCCAAAAAUGGACCCCCAGUCAGUGACCCAAAGGAAGCAUUGCCCACGGGAGUGACAAUCAAACAGGAGCAGAAUCUGGACCAGACCUACUUGGAUGACGAACUGAUAGACACACACCUUAGCUGGAUACAAAACAUAUUAUGAGACAGAGUGACUGUGCUCUUUGAUCCGAGAAAUCCAAGUCGAAGUUAACGAAAUCAUCAGGAAGGAGUUUUCAAGACCUCCCACCCGAACUCAGACGUAAAAGCAGCCCUGAAGCAAGACACCUUCCGGACCUGACCCUUCACCUCUGCCUCCUGCCCUGCACCCCUCUGACUCAGCGUCCACUGUGGAACAGACGACAUGCUGGUUCCCGCAGACUCUGCAUUCAGGAGCUCGCCACCUCCCUUUGUCAACACCCAAGGGACCGCUUUCUUCAUUCCCCCAAGAGCAUGGUGUUCCAUCCACGUAAGUGCCUUCUGACCAAAGAAACCAGGCAUGCCGGGACGUGCCUGCUAGCUGAGCGGUCACGCCUGGGCGCAUCCAGCUCCUGGACCCUCCGACAGAGCUCUCAAAGCAACCAACCAAAGGAACAGAGCCCAGGAGUCCGGUCCAAACCAAAAAUUCAGAGCUUCAUGUCUACGGACCGCCUAGCCACACACCAGGGUCAUGGCUAAAGCCUGACCACUCAUUCUAAACCAAGACUGGCUGACUCAGAUGUCCUCCCCAGACUUCUCAGCGUUAAGUUAUGACAGUCCUGUGCCUUUAUUUUAUUCUGUCCCCGCUGCAGCCCAACCUUCUCCGUAGAACGACUAAGCAGCUUCAAGUUUAAGCACAUGCAAUGGAUUUUGAGGAGGAAUGGUGGAAGGGCAGGGCUUUAAGUGAGGGCCUGUCUGGGGGUGAAGUGCUUCUUCUAUAGUUGGGUCCAGCCUGCACAGAGCAAGGACUGCUCAGGAUUGGAUCCCCAAGUUUGUCUCAGCUCUGCUUCAGCAUGUCCCGUGCUGUGAUGCCCAGGCCCCCCUGAACUGGGACCCAGCUGUGGGCAUGCCACGGCUCCUUCAUCAGCACCCACAGGGAGCUCCAGACCCUGUGCUGUGCCUUCAAGUUGAUGCCACCCCACACCGACCUGAUCGGGCAGUAGAAGUGCCCCUGGGCCUUCUAGAUUGCCAGCUCUUUCUCCCGUGGAGCCAGGAUUGGCCUGAACCGCUCAUCUGUCAGUUAGCGGGCCACGUGCUUAGUGGUUGUACACAGGGCUCAUAGCACUCCCCACAGACGGUGAUUCCUCGGCCCACCCUGCUGGGCAGGAGGCCUGCGAGGAUGGGGGGUUAGAACUUGCACGGUCGUUGCGGAGCCUUCCGGAGUGCCGGCCGAGAUGUCAGUGUUCCAGACAGAAGCAUUCACCUGUCUGUCAACACCAAGCAUUUCCUUGUGUCCCCUUCCUCCUCCCUCCCCAAGCCCAGAGGAACGCACAAUGCUUUUUUUUUGAGCAAAGCAAUGCCAGCGAGAGCUGACCACUGCUGCAGGAUCUCCAGCACGCUAACUUCCGCCUGGCCCUCCAAGGGCGCUCCUCGCCCAACCACCCGUUCCCGCCAGCGAGGGGCGGCUCCUCCCUCGGCCUGGCCCACAGCCAUCUUUGCACAUGACAAACUCUGGCCCUUCCUCCAUCGCGGCAUGUUCCAGCCAAGUGCCUUCCUGCUUCGUAGUAAAGCCACCCGGCCUCCCUGUCCACAGAGUGAGAAAGGACCAGUGGGUGCAUCUUCUAACCACGCCGCGCCGCCUGGCCGCUCAGGCUCCCACACAGGUCCACGACUGCCGCUCUCAGAGGAAGCAGCUUUGGUCUCAGGACGCACACGGGCCCAGAGAGUGACCAUGGAGACUGUGGAUGUCAGGAAAGCAUCGUCAGUUACAAAUGGCAGGCUGUCGCCUGGGUUUGAAGGAUUUCGUGGGGGCAGGGCAUGGGUUAUCUAUCCCAAGUAAACCCAAAGCCCGGCGGCCAGAAACCUGCCCUGGGGCUGAAUGCUGGCUGCCUGGGACAUUCCCAGGUCUUCCUGUGUACUAAUGCUGCUGCUUGGUCUUAUAUAACAGCCAUCCCAACGGACAGACGCGCGGUGAUGGAACGUUUAUAGUCUUAGCUGCAUGUGUAUGCUCUUUACUCUGCCCUGCUGGAGUCAGAACAUAUUUAUAAACGGCCAGAAUGUUCUUCCCCAGUGCCUCUCUCUCUACAUAUAUGUUGAUCUUAAGAGAAACAAUGUAUUCUGCAACAUUUUUGUUACUAAGAAAACAACUUGGAGCUGACUUGCUGGGUACCCGUCGCCCAGCAUCGGGGGUGGGGUUGAUAAAGAAGUAGGCCCCCUCUUGUUUUUUGUUUGAGGGUGAUGCUGCCUCCCUUCAUUCAGCCUAUGACUGAAGGGAUUUGUGUUGUAAGGUGUAGAACUGCCCCAUCCCACCCCACCCCAAAGCAACCCAGGAUAAUUUGAUUUUUCACCGACACCUCUACUUGUGAUGAGAUUCCAAGUGAGUGCCAGGUAUGUCUUUGAAGUGUCCUCCACAGCAGCAGGGUGGACCUCUUCUCGUGGACCCUCCGCCGCUGGCCAUCCGGCAGAACAGAACGGAAAGCUGGUGUGUUCUGACGGCUGCUCCCUAUUGAAGGGAGGCGACAUGUCGCCUUUCCAAGUGCUCUCCAUUGUUCCAAAUGGAAAACCCGGCAGGAGGCCACUUCCCGCCGCUGUUCAUUUUUUGAGUUUACUAGGAGGCCACGUGGGCUGUGACACUCAACCAGCUGGGGUUCCCUGCCCUCCGAUGCACUCUUAUGGGCCGCCUCUUAGCCUCGGGGCUGGAAGUCUCACGGAACCAAACCAGGGCCUUCAGCCGUGACCCUCAACAUACCUCCUGUGACCGCAGUGCCUUGAGUGGGAGCCAACCUCUCGGCCUAACACAAACCUUCCUAGUGGCUGGUGAGCGAGAGAGACGCCCCCUCAGAAAAUGCGGUGCGGUUACUGGACGUGAGAGGUGGAACCAUCUCCCCAGAAUGACAUCCGCAGGGGAGAGGGGGUGGGGGUCUGUGGCCUUGGGGACCAUUAACUUAGCAUCUUGGCCAGCUUGUCAAAGAACCUCACGCGCCCCCAUCACCUCUGCAGUCCCCUUCCUGGGGAGAGAAUGGUGGGUGACCCUUGUGGGGUAUGGGUAUGGAUGUGGGUUUGCCACCCCCCCACCCCACCAACUGUUACAAGGCAUUUGAAUACAUCACAUUCCCAUGAAAAGCGUUUUUCCCCUCCAGUGUAAUGCAGUUUAUUUUUGCUACCUGUAAAGUAUUUUUAUACGGCUUGUAUCGUGAUAGUUGAGCAAUAAACCCGUUGGAAGCA